AUGUCCUCGGAGCGUGAUUUCGAGCGUGAUUACAUGUCGCGACCCGCGCCAGAGAGCCGGAAAUUUGCACCGCCCAUGCGCUCGCUGAGUGCAUCGAAAGAAGCCAUGUUCGAUGUGGACUCCGACGACAUGGACGAUGUCUUGUCAAUGCCAGAUCCACGCUACGUUCCAUCCAUAACAAACAGAUCGCCAACCAAACCCAACAGGAAAACGAGCCAAAGUGCCUCAGAGUCUCGCACAUCACUUGAUCUACUCGGACAGAGCGUGCGGCAAAUCAGCCAAAGUCUUCCGCCAUCUUGGGAUUCAGAGCAGCUGCCAGACUGGCUUCGGCGUGGUGCUGGCGUAUUCGAGGGCACGGUAAAUAUGGCUAAUAGCAUUUUGGGCGCUGGUAUCGUCGGCCUACCUUAUUCCAUGCGCGAGUCAGGCUUUGUCGCUGGUCUCGUUCUUCUCAUUGGUAUUGCUCUUUUGACAGACUGGACGAUUCGUCUGAUCGUACUGAAUGCCAAACUCAGCGGCCCGUGCUACAUAUAUCGAUAUUAUGGGCCAUUGCUUCGGCAAGCACGGGCGUAUGGCCGUGUCGAUCUUUCAGUUUGUGUUUGCAUUUGGUGGCAUGUGCGCAUUUUGUGUUGUCGUUGGCGAUACCAUCCCUAA